AUGGUGGAAGGAAUGGAGGAAUUGCCAGGGGCCUUGGGAACCAGUUCAAGUUUUGCUCUUCGGUUGGGACAAACCGUUUUUUCAUCUGCUUCACUUUUUUACAUGUGUUUGGAUGUUGAUUUCUAUGGUUAUUCUGCUUUCUGCUUUUUGGUAAUGGUGAUGGGUUUGGUAAUUUCCUGGAGCACAACACUAUUGAUUGUAGAUGCGUAUUCGAUCUUUAUAAAAAAAGUACCAAAGCAACCAAGAUUCAUUUUUACGAUCACAGUGGGCGACAUGGUUUUGUCAUAUCUGUUAUUAGCUGCAGCAUGUUCAACUGCUAGUGUGACAGAUUUGUUGAAGAGUGCUGAUAAAUCCUAUUGUCCAGAAAAUUUAUGCAGUAGAUACCAAAUAUCUGCUGCUAUGGCCAUCUUGUCUUGGAUUCUUUCAUCAGCUUCUUGUCUCAUUAACUUUUGGAUUUUUCCUUCUCUGUGA